UAAGUAUAUUGGAACAAAUGUUUUGUGGAACAAUUAUUGCGAGCCCGUGUUCACAGUGUUAGACGGUUGGUCACAUUGUUUUCGCGCCGAUCUCCGGCUUUCGCGCUCGUUUUCUUUUCUCGUAACCCGGUAACCGUCAACCGACACAUACUCUCGUCGAUACAAGUAUACAAUCGCCGACGCCAUUUUUUCCCGUCUACAACACAACGACGCUCUCACGUUCCGCACUGGCGCACUGCGAAAACCUCGUGGCCGACCGUCCCUUUCUGAUCACUGAUCACACCAAAUUGUAAAACGUUUUGUCGCUUUCUUUGAACUUCUCAUAUAUUUAUUGCGCAUAGCGUGACUCAUUACUCUGCCGUCGUAUCCGUGCGGAGUGCUCCUGCGCGGCCGCGCGUUUCCGAAAACACCCGUUACCGCAGUGUUCGCAUCGCGAUCCGUCGUACUAACGUCUCGAUUUUUCCGCGCUAAAUCAUCAUGGACGGCGACGCACAGGCGAACGCCAAAACAACCCGAACCCCAACGCCGUCGUGAACCCAGUCGUCGACGCGGUUUCGAACAUGCGGCUCCCCGGCCCUCUGGUUUAGCUACGCGGAGUCGAUGUUCGCGACUCACCGUAUUACUGCCAAAGCGAGCAAAAUUAAUUUCGUCGUCAUUGCUUUAGAUGAAGAGGCAGUACGAAACAUCGGUGACUUCCUGAUCACGGCAGCCCCGUAUGCCGACAUUCGUACCCGCCUCAUCGGCCACUAUGGGGUUCCGAAAGUGUUGGUUUUCUGCGAAAUCGUCAAGCCCGGAGGCUUGGGCGAUGGCCGGCCGUCACAACUGCUCCGUGACAUGCGCAACAGCAUGCCUCCCGGCAUAGGCGAAAACGCUUUGAAAGCAUUUUGGCUUUUAACAUUACAGCCAUCCUCGCUGCGCCGUUGGACGAACUGGCCGCGCGCGCUGAUCGCAUUUUGGAGGUAUCCUACCCUCAGAGCAUCGACGUGCUAUCCAAGGAGCAGUUUAAUAACCUGUUUGGCUCCGUUUCUGCGCUCUCUCUGCAGGUACAGUCACUCACCAAGAUCGUCAGCACGGCUGGGGGGCUCUUACGGCAACAGCCACGGUCCUUUACACGUUCGGACACGCAGCAGCCAGCGCAAUUAUUGUGUUACUACUAACACCAGGUUCGGGAGCGAGGCGCGCAGUUUCAAACCAAAGUCGCGGGAUGAAAGCGCUUCCGCGUUCAUGGAAAACUGAAGAACGCGCACAGGACACCCGCUCUAUGCGUCGUUAACGGUUCUACGCCGAAAUGCUCCUGUCAGUAUGUGCUGGUUGGAAGCGGCAGUGGCGUUUUGAUGGUGACUGCGUGGGCUGACAGCUGUGGCGACAAGACAACCGGACACUACAAACGAGACCCGUCUCUCGCCCUUUGAUAUGAUUUUAAAUAUCUCUCCUUGUAAUUCCCCUCUGUUAGUUAUUCCCUAGACCCGUUUCUCCACCCUUGCAUAACAUUGUUAGGUUCAUUUUUUAUUUUUGCUGCGAUAACUUACAGUUUUUCCCCAGACCACAUAGUCAACUUAAUAUUAUUAUUAUUAUUAUUAUUACUUUAAUUACUAUGGUUAACUUAAAUCUGCAGAUUGAUAAUUAUUAUGUCUUAUGUUAAUAUUUAUUAAAAUUAUAAACAAUUGUUUUCUUGGUAGAUGAAACACAAAAAUAUCAUUAUUCUUAUUAAAAUUUAAAUUUAAAUGCCACUAUGUUAAGUCCAUGUAAAAUUCUAUUUAUUCAAAAAUUAAAAUAUCUCAAAUAUUCACUACAAUCUAUAUCUAUAUUACUAUAUAAAAUUGUAAGGGUUUUCUUGGACCGCGCUAACUGAAAAAACUUCUGAACCGAUUUGGCUGAAAUUUUUCACUGUUAUACUUGACAGUCUGCUUGAGGUUAUAGUACCACUUUUGUUUAGGAAAAUUCACCAGAAAAGUAGGAAAUACGAAUGUCCAAAAUACAACAGUGGCGCCAUCUGUCCAGAAAAAAAUAAACUAAAUAAUAAAAUAUAAAAAUUAAGUUGCAGAUUUAAAAUAUAAGAUAGAUUAAUAUAUAGAUUUGCUAUUUUGCUAAUAUAUUUAACAUUAUUUUGACUUAUGAGUAAUCAUUUCAUAGACUUCAAUUUACUUAAUAAAUAUUUGCAUGUAUGGUUUUUUGUUGGUUUGUGUUAAUAAAAUUAUAGAAUUUAUAAC